AUGAUUGAUACCUGGCAACCUGGAACUCAGUACUAUGACGGUUCAAGGGUCCUUUAUGAAGGUGUCCAGUACAAGAUCAUCCAGCCUCACCGAUCUCAGAGUGACUGGACUCCGCCCGUGACACCUGCCCUAUGGGGACGCUUGGAUGAUGGCGAUUGCCACCGCAGUCCCCAUCACGAGCAAUCUGGUCAAUGGGGCGGAGACUGCAAGUCCGAACCGUGCGCUCCAUCAUGCGACCAACCUCCUCAGCAGCAGCAACAACAACAGCAACAGCAACAACAGCAGCAGCAGCAGCAGCAACCCUACCAUUCCCCUCAAGGCGGCGUCCAACCGACUCAUGGGCAGAGUCAGACGAGCUGGUUCAACAUUGACGAAAAAAGGAAGACAGAGCUCGAGAUCGGAGGGGGCAUCGUGGCCGGUGUCGGUGCCCUUGCUGCUGGCCUUUUUGCCCACAAUCAACACAGCAAGAAAGAGGAGGAGAAAAAGGCGCAUGCCUGGUCGCAAGGCAACUGGCUCCGUGAUGCAGAGCAACGUACCCAGGCUUUCCGAAGCGGAAAUUACCCGGGUCCAGUAGCAUGGGUCCUCAAUCAGGGCAAGCACAUCCCAUCGAAUGCUAUCGAAGGUGGAUUUGAGCGCGGCGCGCCUUUGUAUAUCUGCCGUGCUUACUGCGAGGCAAGUCCGACAGGUGGUCUCAUGAUCGGAAAGGCAUCCUCUGUCUUCAAAAAAGGCGCUGUGGUCGGCUUCAAGAAAGAAGAGAUCCACCUUGAUACAUAUGAAAUCCUUGUUGGGAACUCUCACGCGGUGCGAUGGGUUAACGUUUCCGGCCAAUUCAACUUGGCAGCUCUCAAUGGACUUCGACCUGUUGAAGGUGGCCGGGAGCCUGGAGGUGCUCCUCAGUACAUUGCCCAAGCUCCUUACCACGGAGCCGUGCACCCAGGGAAGGCGUGCGAGUCGUUCGGUGAUGGUUGCUUCAUCCCUUACGACUCCACAGAGAAGAAGGUCGGGGAGUACGCGGUGCUUUGCUACAACUGA